AUGCGGGGGAAAAUUACUGAUUCAAGUUGCUGCUCUACCAGCACUGCUACAAGGAAUUCCAACACUUUGUCAAGGCAUACUUUUGCUGAUUCUCCUCCUUCUCCACAACCUCCUACCACUGGUACUGGCCCCUUUACUAGGACUGGUACAAGAGAGGCUAGCUGUUUGAGCCAUACUUUUAAUGAUCCUCCUUCUCCUCUACCUCCUGCUGCUGGUACUAGCCCCUCUAUUACUAGGACUGGUACAAGAACUGCUAAUAGUUCGAGGCAUGAUACAACUACUCCUUCUACUAGAGCUAAAGCCUCUGCAAGGACAAUUUUUUCCCAUUCAAAGCCUCCUACUACAUCAAGAUCAACCAGAAAAAACUCUCCUCUUAUCACUGAUAGUGAAGCUUCUCCUUCCAAAGAUACUACUGCUCCUGUUGAACCAUUGGCUAAUGCCUCUCCAGGCUCUCCUCUGGAAACUGCUAAAAAGACAAAGAAGAAACGCAAGAAAAUAAAUUGUUCACCACCACAACGACGUCAACCAGUCAAGCGAACUAUCACUGAGAUUCAGCGGAAGACUAAUGUCACUCCUGGAGUAAGGAGGUCUAAGAGACCCCAUAUUGGCAGAGUACCAUUUGGAGGGUAUGUAGAGUAUGAGGAACACUGGGGGAACACACCCAGCAAAGCUUACGGUCGUGAAGCAUUGUCUAUCGUAAACCCAUUGCCCAUUCCUUCUCCUAGAUCUAGAAAUGCUACUAAUAAGAGAACAAGAGAUGAGGAGGAGUGUUAUCUAUCUAUUGUCUCUCCUGAUGAUUCUGAGAACGUUGAAAGAUGUCGUUUCUUGUUUCCACUGUCACACGGGCAACUGUGUAAUGCAGACGGAAUGGAUGUACAACCUGGAGAUGAUUUAAUCAUUAAUAGAUUGAUUACAAAAGACGACUAUCAAAUAGGUGAAAUGGAUUUUAAAAAGGGCGCGGAGAAACCUAUGGCACAGAAUGAGAACUGUGAAAUGAUAUUUCGAGUUCUAAAAGGAAAAAUUUUAGUGGUAUUUGAAGAUGGAGAAGUGGAAAUGUGUACUAAUGAGUAUAUUCGUAUUCCUCCUGGUGCUGUUUAUCAGCUAAAUAAUAUUGCAAGGUCUAAUACAGUGUUAAAUUAUACUUUUGUAAUGAAACUAUAAUUUAUAUAAUUCUAUUUUUAUGACUGUAGAAAUGCUGUGAUUUUUAAUUCUCUAAGAAUUAUUAACUAUUUCAUGAUUUUAA